CCUGUGGCCCAGAUCGAUGUAUGAGAAAGAAGCAAGUAGACAGUUAAGGGAUAAUGUAUGUUACAAACGCCUGACCUUCAACCCACUUUCCAAGUAUAAACAGGAACUUGCUGCUAUCCUGGAAUUGGGUGUGGAGGAAGGUGUAAUCACUCAAAAACAAUUUUCAUACCUGCUACCGGAACACCCUGCGGUAGCCACACUGUAUCUGCUCCCUAAAAUCCACAAAGGAUUGGAAAAUCCACCCGGUCGCCCAAUUGUGGCAGGCAAUAAUUCUCUCUCUGAACCCAUUUGUAGAUACAUUGAUCAUUUUCUCAAACCCAUCGUUGAAUCCCUACCUUCCUACCUACGAGACACAACGGACAUUCUGAGACGGUUAGAUGGCAUCCAAUUGGAUCAAGAUGCCCUUCUGGUAACGUGUGACGUUGAAGCUUUAUAUACGUCCAUUCGCCAUGCAGACGGUCUUGAAGCAGUGGAGAAGUUCCUUUUGAUGACUGACUUCGAACCAGAAACUUGUCAAUUCCUCAGGAUGAAGCGCAUUUGUUCAUCGGACACAUUCUUUGAGGAACAGGCUAAGGACCUCACAAAUCGAUUCAAAGAAAGAGGAUAUAGGCAGCAGGAUAUAUCAAAAGCAUAUUCAAGAGCAAAGAAUACCCCCAGGAACAAUCUGUUGAUGCAACCCAAGCAGAAAAACCUGGAUAACCAGGGAGCUACGGAGAAGAGUAAGGGAACAUGUUCUGAGCAUCGAAGCAGCCAAGAAUGAACAGGAUGCCACUAAACUCAAGACAUUGGCUAGGCACUUUAAAGAGCAUCAUGCAUGCAAUGGACAUUUAUUGAAGGUACCUGGCAUAUCUGCGGAUUUUGAGCUCAGCGCGGGACUAUAUGCACCGACUCAAC